AUGCUCCGUACGUUCUCUCGACAGGUUUUGCAGGUUUCCCGGGCCGUUCCACGGACGUUCCGACCCGUUGCCCCGGCCACGCGUCUUUUCCAGACCUCGGCUCCCGUUUUCCACGGUCAUGUGCACAAGCCCAAGCCUGGCGAGGAAAUCAAGGUCACCUUCAUCACCAAGGACGGUGAGCAGAUUGAGGUUGACACGUGCGAGGGCGACAAUCUGCUGGACAUUGCACAGGCCAACAAUCUGGACAUGGAGGGCGCUUGUGGCGGAUCGUGUGCCUGCUCCACUUGCCACGUGAUUGUGGACCCCGAGUACUACGACAAGUUGGAGGAGCCUGAUGAUGAUGAGAACGACAUGCUGGAUCUGGCAUUUGGCCUCACCGAGACCUCGCGUCUGGGCUGCCAGGUGUGUAUGUCCAAGGAUCUGGAUGGAAUCCGAAUCGCCCUGCCUGCCAUGACUCGAAACUUGCAGGCUUCCGAUUUCAACUAA